CACCCAGUACCCCAGGCCUGGGAGCCCCGGGGCGGUGCGCGCGACGAAAGCCAUGCGCGGUCCCGGUGAGAGCAGCGAGUGGGGCCGCGAACCCGAGGCCAGCAGACUUCCCGCUGCGGACCAGAGACAGAGUCCGUGAGGAGCGGGGAGCCGAGCAUGAUUUCCCGGUACAGCAGGCGGCCGGUGGCGCACAGCCUUGAGAUUCGCGGGUUGUCCCGGAACACCCUAGAACAUCACCCUCUGCCAGAUGAGGUGGAGGACUCCCUGCCUCAGUACCUCCUCCAUGACCUUCCUGAGGCAGCCUCCACCUGCGACAGCUCGGAGGCAUCUGACACGUGCAGGAGGUUGCGAUGCCCGACGGACAGCACAGACGACACCACGAGGUCAUGGUCGGGGAUCCAGAGCUACACAGGAACGGGAAUCUCCACAGAGAGGAGCUCCGUGUUCUCUUGGGGCUAUGAUGAGUUUGACAAGGCGGCGUCACGCCAGGUGCAGCGGCUAUUUGAGGAGAUCGACAAGGAGCUGUACGAGGGCCAGGGCGGCGGGCGGCUCCAGGGACUGCAGGACGAGUGUGAGCUGUGGGCAUCCAGAUUCCCUCACCUGCGGAUCCUGGGCACUCAGCUGGUGUGUCCCACUGAUGAUGGCUUCCAAUGGUUUGCUGCUACGGGGAAGGGGAGCCCUGCGGACAAAGAAGGCAAGAACAAGACAAGCGUUGAGCUGAGUGUGUUUGGGAGAAAGGCAGCUCUGUCCAGGCUGUGUGCUGAGACUGAGCUCCCCUGCUCUGGUGAGGACCGGCCUGGUGUCUUGGAGGCUGAGGGGCUGGUGGAGGAGUAUCUGGCCUUUGACUGCCGGGAUCUGGAUGAGGAGUGGGUCCGACAGUGCCCAGGGGAUAGCCGACGGCACUGCAUCCUGCCACCCGUCUCUCCAUAUUGCUGCCAGAGGCAGGCUGUGCUGGACCUGCUCUUUGAUGAUGUGUGGCAGGAGCUCGUGGGCUGGAUGGAGGAGCUGGUGCGCAGACACUGGGAGGGCUGCGUCUCUGAUGAGGAGAAGAACAUGGUGAGCUUCAGCCCGCUGCAGACAGAGACGAACGACUCCUUCCUGAUGCUUUCUCCUCUGCCCACGGUCUUACCCAAGUUGGGCCAGGCCCGGGUGCCCCAGCUGACCUCCGCUCUCCAGCCACAGAGCACAAGGUCACGGGGCUCAAAGCACAAGUCCAGGCGGAAAUCCAAAAAGCAGAGAAAGCCUCCCGCUUCCAGUAGAAUCCCUGUGGGGGCACCGGUGACCCAAUGCAGCCUCAAUGACCUCAUUGUCAUCCAUGGAAUCCCCCUCCAGCAGAGGAACCUGGGAGCCCUGGCUGACAAAGCACAUUCUGAAAAAGAUGGCGAAGAGAGGAUAUCCCAUCGGCCGGGUUCGAGUGUGGUCACCACUGGCAAGUCGAGGCCGCGCCGACCCCUGGAGCAGAGCUCAUCCUCGCUGUCACGGCCCCUUCAGUCGGCUCGCCGUCGCAACCCCCCCUCGCGCACUCUGCUGCCCCCGGUGAACAGCUUGUCUCAGUCUACCGCAGUGGGCUCCAUGGACGAGGUGGUCCGAGGCACACGUCUGGUAACUGCCGGUGACCGGCAAGCUUCUUCAGCAAUGGGGCUGAGCCGCAACACCCUCCUCCCACCGAUUGUUAUGAGCGACGCGGAGGCCACCCACUCGGGACACCAUCCCCGACCAGGCCAGGGCCAGCGGCAGAAAGGACAUGCAAACCGGGCCCAUAGUGCCAUCACAGACAUGGCAGGUGGCUCGCUUCCCAGGGACCGACUUCACCUGCAUGAUGUCUUCUCUCGCCCUAACACCACACACACCUUCAGAUCGGACACGCCCUACCGGCGCUCCUUCACGGUGUUGGACAACACGGGGCAAGGACGUCCCAGCAGAGCUUCCAUGGGCACUGCAGACUCCCUGGGUAUUGGAGUGACAGGCAUCAGUCUGGGAAUCAGCAGCUCCUCCUUUCUGGACUCCUUUGCACAUCACACUUUUGGCCAUUCCACUAUCGAAGAUGAGGAAGAACCAGCCCAGCAGACACCUCCUGCAGCACUGCUGGUUCCCGUAUCUGUCCCAACACGGUCGCACGGCCGCGGGGGCCUCUCAUCGCGGAGCAGCAGGGCAGGACUAUAGCAGCCCCUCCAAACCACAUGCCUCAGCAGUGCAGAAGAGCUCAAAGCCAAGCCACCAGCACAGUGCCCACACACUCUCCACAGCUGCUCUUUUUUAAAUGGUCCGCUUGGCCACAUUUUUGCUUUCCCUUAGAGUCCUAUUUUUGUAAGCAAGCUUACCUCCCGGCUGCCAAAGACAAAUACCUGUCUGCUGUUCCAUCCUCCUUUACCUCCAAAAAACAGCUCUGUCGCACAAGAACAGUCCACCUAUGCAGGUAUUUCGCGAACAGUCAGAGAACAAGGUAACAAGCAGCCCUUUGACACUGAAUUACUUGAAUACAAGGAAAAUAAAGGGAUUUGAAAUCUCUCUUGUUUAAGGAAGCCAUUCUGCUGGAGUCUCGGUUCGCUGAGCUGGGUGGCACCAGAGGUGUAAGGGAACAGCCCACAAUGAUGGCAUCAGACCCAUGGAUGCUUUGCAGACCCUCCUAACAGAAGGGCACCAGAGCACUCCCAGGGCACUCCCACCUCAGUUGACAUGUAUAUAGUACUAUAGUACUGUAGUCCUUCCAAGGUUUGAAAUGCACCAUUGUACAGUUAUGAAUUCCUGUUGAAGUUCAUCCUUGUGUUUUGUA